GAAGAACAUCACAACACCGGCCUGAGGCGGUUGGCGGUGCGGGAUUUCAGCUGGAUAUAUUUCGGUUUUGUAACGGUUUUGUUUGCUUUGUACAGCUAAAAAAUAUAACGAUGAAAGCUUGCUGUGUACUUGGCUGCUAUAGUCGCAUUUAUGACAGGCAUGGAAACCGAAUUUCAAAGGAAGUGCGAUUUUUCACCUUUCCAACUUGGAAAAAGCACUUUGGACCUCAGAUCUCCGACAUAACAAAACGGCGUCGCAUGGCAUGGGUUGCAGCAGUAAGACGGAAAAGCAUCACCUUCAACAACGUUUCCCGAAACUCGGUUGUUUGUUCACGGCAUUUUCACAAAGGGAAACCAGCCUAUGAAAUGAUAGAGUGUGAUCCCGACUGGGCACCAUCAUUACAUCUCGGACACACAGAAGUUAAAGCAACGAACUGUGGGCGGUUUGAACGGAGUCUUAGGAGACAGCGCGCUCUUGCAGGGAAAAACAGAGCACCUAACGUUACUCCACCGGAUCAAGCUGUAUACAAUGAGAAAACUAAGAAGGUGAUGCAGCAGGACGUAGAAAAGGAGCAAUCACGACAAGAUGACAUUGUACAAAAUCCUGAUAACCACAGUACACAAGAAUGUGAUCUCUGCAAGUGCAGGCAAGAUGAAAUUAACCAUCUACUCGAAGAAAACAGGCAGCUGAAGCAUGAACUUGAUAAAUCCAAAAUCACAGAGGAGUUUUUUAAGUAUGAUGAUGUUAAAGUAAAAUAUUACACUGGACUUCCAAGCUAUGCCAUUUUUCAGGUUGUUUUGUCCGAUGUAACACAGUUUUUGCCUGGAAAGUUUAAAAGAAAGUUGACAUGUUUUCAGAUGCUCCUUCUUACAUUAAUGCGUCUGAGAUUGGAUUUGCCAAUCCAGCACAUCGCUCAUCUUUUCAAUGUGGACCGAUCAACUGUUAGUACUGCAUUUAAGCAAACGGUGAGUGUUUUGUACUCCCGCUUGUCUCCACUGGUGCACUGGCCAGACAGAGAGAGUUUGCAAGUCAGUAUGCCGCAUCAGUUCGUGGAGAUAUUUGGAAAUCAUUUUGCUGCCAUUGUGGACUGCUUUGAAGUUUCUAUAGAAAGACCAUCAAGUCUUCAAGCAAGGGCACAAACAUCAUCAAACUUCAUCAAAGAUGGUCUCACACUGAAGUACCUCAUAUGCAUUACUCCACAAGGAGUCAUUUCUUUCAUCUCUAAAGGGUUUGGUGGGUGCACUAGUGACAAACAAAUAACUGAGAACUGUGGUUUUCUAGAUAAACUACUGCCAGGGGACAUAGUGUUAGCGGAUAGAGGGUUUGACAUUAAAGAGAGUGUGGGAUUGAUGUGUGCUGAAGUGAAAAUACCAGCAUUUACAAAGGGGCAACGUCAGCUGGAAGCAAAGGAUGUGGAGGACAUGACAAGCAUUGCACACCUCAGAAUUCACCUGGAGAGAGUCAUCGGUGUUGUACGCAACAAAUACAAAAUCCUUUCUUCAACUUUUCCUAUCAGUAUGGUGCUGCCAUGUGAGCGUGAGAAUGUAACAUUUUUAGACAAAAUAGUUACAGUUUGCUGUGCUCUGGUAAACAUGUGUCCAAGUGUUGUACAAUGAUUACUUGAAACAUUAAAGAAAAACACCAUCAUUUUUCUUCUUACCUCCACUUAGACAAAUGAAUACAAACUUAUCUUUUUUCAAUGCAUGCACUUAAUUUUUGUACAGCACGUCAUGACUUUGUUAGCAUUUAUCCUAUCUCCAUUCCUUAGGAUCCAAACGGGGAUGAAUUUAGAAGCCACCAAACACAGGUUACAAUUGUAAUCAAAAGUAGUAAAUAACUUUGAACUCAUGCUAAUCCCUGUCUGGGAAACCACUGCUUAAAGUUUACGUUCAAAAAUGGUUAACUCGCAGACUUUAUGCCAUUCCCAAUGUACAUAACUUUUUUCAAUAAAACACAAAUGACGAUUUUUAAGUAAAAGAGUACUUAACACUGAAGUAAAUACAAAUUUUGCGACCGACUGCACAGUAUAUUUGAGGUCCUCACAGUAGUGUUGUAUCAUGUUCAGUAUAUCAGCAGAUUGGCCACCUACUUUAUGAACAGCACGUAUGUGUUAAAUUUACCUGUGUAAGUGAUGGUGUAGCUAUCCUCCUGCCACAAGUCUUCAAACCAGGCUUGCUGACAGUCUCAGCAUUCAGAACCAAAGACAUUUUAGCGAGAUCUUGAGUAUGUCCAAUAUGCAGGCUUGUUUGCGAGACUCCUUAUUUCCCUGCAUCAGACAGGGCAACGCCAAUCAAGCCUUGCAUACUCUAUGUAAUUGGAGUGCAUGACCUGCUGAACAGUAUUUAUUUUUCAGGAAUAAAAACAUGACAAUAACCGAGCAUACAACCUCCAGAUCACAUUUGUUGGCCAAUGUGUGUAAGAUUAAGAAAUAGUUUAAUACUGAUAAAAU